GAUAGGUGGAAUCUGCGCAUGUGAUGGAGCUAUUUAACUCGUCUCCUGAUCAAAAACGAUUUAACUUCUCGAUUGUUUCUCUUUCUUUUUAAUCUGUUUACACUUCACUAUUUAACUACAGAGUUAAAGGAAUGACUGACACGGACUAAGUUUGGAUUGUUUUUGCGCAGACUGUUUUUGUGUUCCAUUUAGAAAAAAAAAAAACAAAAAAAACUUUGUUUUUUGUUUUGGAUAAAGUCUUCAUUUAAAGGGAAUAAACAUGCCUGAUCAGUUGACAGUACUGGAGUUUAUGGACAUUACCAAUGAGGACUAUAAAGCACCAACCACCUCAGUGUUCUGCACGCGCAUGUCUCACUGUCGGAAUACAGUGGCAGCUUUAGAAGAGGCAUUGGAUCUGGACCGCAGUGUACUGCAUAAAAUGAAGAAGUCUGUCAAGGCCAUAAACAGUUCUGGUCUGUCUCACGUAGACAACGAGGAGCAGUACAUUCAGGCACUGGAGAGGUUUACAGAUAAUACUGUGUACAAAGACGACCCUGAGAUGUCCAAUUACUUCCUCACGUUUGCUGGUUUCACCAAGGAGCUCACUGGUCUCUUUAAGAACUUGCUGCAGAACAUGAAUAACAUCAUCACUUUCCCACUAGACAGUCUGUUGAAAGGAGACCUUAAAGGAGUGAAAGGGGAUUUGAAAAAGCCUUUUGACAAAGCAUGGAAGGAUUACGAAACUAAACUGAGCAAGAUUGAGAAAGAAAAGCGGGAGCAUGCCAAACAACACGGGCUGAUCAGGACAGAGAUCAGCGGAGGAGAGAUUGCGGAAGAGAUGGAGAAAGAGAGACGCCUCUUUCAGCUUCAGAUGUGUGAGUAUCUGAUUAAAGUGAAUGAAAUUAAAGUCAAGAAGGGGGUUGACCUGCUCCACAACCUCAUCAAAUACUUUCAUGCCCAGUGCAAUUUCUUUCAGGAUGGGUUAAAAGUUGUGGACAAUCUUAAACCUUUCAUGGAAAAACUUGCUGCGGAUUUGACAACAAACAAGCAGACUCAGGAUGUAGAGAGGAAACAGCUGCUGCAGCUUAGAGAUAUUCUGAAAUCUGCCUUACAGUCAGAAUCUAAGGAGGAUUGUCAGUCAAAACAGAAUUCAGGCUACAGUCUCCACCAGCUACAGGGCAAUAAAGCUCACGGCACUGAGCGCUCUGGAAUGCUCCUCAAACGCAGCGAGGGGCUGAGGAAGGUCUGGCAGAAAAGAAAGUGCUCUGUAAAAAAUGGAUUAUUGACCAUUUCUCAUGGAACGGCCAAUGCACCUCCUGCAAACCUCAACCUCUUAACCUGCCAAGUGAAGCGCAACCCUGAUGAGAAAAAAUGCUUUGAUCUCAUUUCUCAUGACCGAACGUAUCACUUUCAGGCAGAGGACGAGGCAGAGUGUCAAAUCUGGGUGUCUGUGCUCCAGAACUGUAAAGACGAGGCAUUGAACAAUGCCUUUAAGGAUGAUCAGAAUGAGGGCGAGAACAACAUCGUACGGGAGUUGACCAAGGCCAUUGUGGGAGAGGUGAAGGAGAUGAGCGGCAAUGAUGUGUGCUGUGACUGCGGAGCUUCCAAUCCAACAUGGCUCUCCACAAACCUGGGUGUGUUAAUUUGCAUUGAAUGUUCUGGAAUCCAUCGGGAAAUAGGUGUGCACUACUCCAGAAUACAAUCUCUAACACUGGAUGUCUUGGGCACAUCAGAACUUCUGCUUGCUAACAGUGUGGGCAAUGCAGGUUUCAAUGAAAUCAUGGAGGCAAACCUGUCAGCAGAGAUACCCAAACCCAUCCCUUCCAGUGACAUGCAGGUACGAAAAGACUUCAUCACAGCCAAAUACACAGAGAAACGCUUUGCACAGCGAAAGUAUGCAGACAAUGCAGCCCGACUACAUGCACUGUGUGACGCGAUAAAGACCCGGGACAUUUUCACCUUGAUCCAGGUGUACGCUGAAGGUGUGGACCUUAUGGAAAACAUUCAUCAGACUAAUGAACAUGAACCAGGUGAGACAGCGCUCCACCUUGCAGUACGAAUGGUGGACCGGAACUCACUUCAUAUUGUGGAUUUCCUCGUACAAAACAGUGGGAAUUUAGACAAACAGACUGCCAAAGGAAGCACAGCUCUGCAUUACUGCUGCUUGACUGACAAUAGUGAAUGCAUGAAGCUGCUACUACGGGGAAAGGUGUCAGUGACCAUUUCCAAUGAUGCAGGAGAGACUCCUCUGGAUCUGGCCCGGCGUCUCAGACAUUCAAAAUGUGAAGAGCUGCUGACCCAGGCACAGACAGGGAAGUUUAAUGUCCAUGUGCAUGUAGAGUAUGACUGGCGUCUCCAUAACGAUGAUCUGGACGAGAGUGAGGAUGAGAUGGAGGACAAGCCCAUCCCCACCAGGCGAGAGGAGCGUCCAGUUAGCUGUAUUGUUCCAGGCAGUGGCCCCAUGAUGCCCAACAUGAGUGCACUGGCACGGGAUGUGGUUAACGCCAUCAAAGAGAAGCAGAGGCCUUUCAUUUCCAGCAUGAUUUGCAAUGAGACUUACGGAACCAUGCUUGACAUUAGUUCUCCACCGCUAGGUUUACCAGGAAUUCCCCCACUGCCCCCUCGUACAUUGGGAAGAGGGUGGAGUCCUCCUGUGGAAGUGGUCGGGAGGCAGAGAUCUUCUUCAGACCCUCAGACUCCAGAGAGAAACAGUUCAGUGUAUGUGCUCCCCCCUGCUCCUCCACCUCCUCCUCCGGUAAAGAGGCCACCGCCUUCAGAUCCUAAAGCGACUCUACCCCACGUGCCUCUAAUCCCACCUGCACCCCCAAUUAUACCACCCGCCCCAGCUAGACCCCCACCUGCAGUGCCCCCUACUCCAGUGUUGCCCCCUUCAUUUUCAUAUAAACCCACACCACCUCCACCUCCACCACAGCCAAAAGCCCCUGCACCCAAACCAACUAAAACCCCCUCUAGGAAUCCUGCUGGCCCUGUAAGUAAAGAUAUAAAUGUAAAUAAAGCAUCACCCAGUGUGCCUCGCCCAAGUGACAAUACAGACUCUGGGCCAUCAGUCGCCUCCGCCCCGGCCUCAGCUCCUGCUCCCAAACCCAGAAUGGCCCCUACUAAACAGAGACCUAAGAGGGUAAAGGCCCUCUAUAACUGUCAGGCUGAUAACCCAGAUGAACUGUCCUUCUCUGAGGGAGAGGUGAUAAUAGUGGAUGGAGAGGAGGACAAAGAGUGGUGGGUGGGCCACAUUGACGGAGAGCCAAACAGGAAGGGAGUCUUCCCUGUCUCGUUUGUUCACUUCACCACUGACUGAUGUCAUACACAGCUGCUUUACUAAAGCCACAGGCUUAUUAGACUUUUUGUUGGGCAAAAACACAGAGCCACACAUUAUUUAAGAAUGGAUUCAUCAUCAGCCAUCUUCAUGGAUGAGUGGACAUUUUCCAUUGUACAUGUUUACUAAAUGGAAGAAAAUGGGAUAUUCAGAAAAAUGCCAUCUCAAAAAUGCAUUACACUAACAUAAGAUAAAUGACCUCAUGACUGCAAUGCAAUUAUCUUGAUCAUUGUUCUGUUUAAAGAGACAAUUCACUCAAAAAAGAAAAUUAUAUUGUCAUUCACUCACUCUCAUAAGAUUCUGACUAACAUCUCCUUUUGUGUUUCACAAAAGAAAGUAAAACAGGUUUGGAACAAAAUGAGGGUGAGUAAAUAAUAACAGAAUUUUAAUUUUUUGGUGAACUAACCCUAUACAUAACUGGAUAGGAAAGAGUAAAGUUCAGUUCUUGUUGACAGUCUUCCAGAUUCCAAGUGCAAUAGCCUCUAACGUGAAUGCAGAGAUCAUAUGUGAACUUUGAUGAGUGCUAUUACACGGAACUGUUUCUGAUAAA